UUUUGUUGAUUGAAACUAACAUACUCGUAUAAUGUACAAUCUCCAAAGUCCUGACCAGUCUUUGUAGAAACAGGCAACUAAAGGUGAAAUCCUGGAUUUCACCGAAAGCCUACUAUAUAUACGUCACACUGGCAUUAAAUAACAUAGCUUAACAUACUUGGAAAUAAACCACGAUGAUUAGAAGUUAAAUAAACUACUUACUCACAAAUGGGAUCGCCUACUUCACAUCCUCCACGGAAAGGUCAACUCGACAGGUCAGUCUGUUCUUACUUUAUAUUUACUUUUAAUUUGUUACAGUACUUUGGAAUUUAUUUAUAUUCAGAUCGAUCCAAUUAUAGUAAAAUUUAUUUAAGAGAUUUUGAUCAAACACAUAAGUUGUACCACAAAUAUGUUGCUACACAUUUCUAGAAUCAAUUUGAACAUCGUCACUAUACUGGAGUAUAUUGUUAUCUCUCCUAGAUCAUUUAGGAAAGGCCGUCUGAAAACUUUGUCUUAUCUGUUCUAUUACUGGGUUCGCUGUUGGACCGACCUCAUUUUACUUACUGUAUACAGGUAAACAUGGCAUGGCGCCCUGUUAUAACCUUAUGUAUCCUUAUGUUAGGUGACUCCAUGGUGAUAGGGAGUCCCUCCACGGCUGUUGACGGGGGCUCUGAUGUUGAGAUGCGUGAAAUAAGAUUUCUGUUACAAAAACACCAGGUUCAAAUAGAAGCACUUCAAAGGGAAAACACUCUGCUCGAAAAGAAAUCUACGAUUCUCCAGGAGAACGUCGUGUCACUACAAGACAAAAAUACGGCGCUUGAAGAAAAAUCGAUGACACUUGAAGGGAAAGGUAUGGCGCUAGAAGAGAAAGUUUUGACGCUUGAAGAGAAAGUUGUGACACUCGAAGAGAAAGUUGUGACACUCGAAGAAAAAGUUGUGACGCUCGAAGAGAAAGUUGUGACACUCGAAGAGAAAGUUGUGACGCUCGAAGAGAAAGGUAUGACGCUCGAAGAGAAAGUCUUGACGCUUGAAGAGAAAAUCAUGACGUUGGAACAGAAUGAUCCUUAUACUGAUCAGAAAGAAAACAUCAAAGCUGGCUAUAACAUAAUUAUAGCACCACAUCGUUCGUCGGCAUCAAACAGUAAAAUCAGAUCAUUGCCAAAAUACGAAGGUGGUGCCAUCAAGAAAAUAAACGCACGUGUCGACACUACAACCGACAGCAUGAUAGCUUUCCACGCCAUUCUCACACAUAUCAUACCCGAUCCUGCUACAGACCAUAUCAUUCUGUUCGACAAAAUCGUCACAAAUAUCGGUGGCCAUUUCAGACCCAAAUCUGGCGUGUUCACUUGUGUGGAAGUUGGCGUUUACCAUUUCUCGUGGAUGAUCAAAGUUAACUAUAACCAGUUCAUGAUUACAGAGCUGGUCCGUAACGGUGUCGUUAUAGGGACAGGCACAAGUGGAGAUGAUGCCUAUUGGACAACGGGCUCAGCGUCAGCAAUCACCAUGCUGGCACCAGGCGACGAGGUAUGGGUACGAGUAACGGCCAAUCAUGCUGCAGGAGCAGACAUUUACCCUACGUUUACCAUGUUCAACGGUUUUCUUAUACACUGACUUUAAAAAUUGCAUUUGUUUGUGCCUGUCAAUGGACUUUAGAGCCUUUGAAUGAUUUAUUGAAUCGCUUUGAAUUUAGUAAAUAGAUGUUGUUUGCGCUCAAACGCGAGGCGAUACAAUCGCGAAGACAAAGAAGUCACGAUGAGAUAAAGGAAUUGUAAAAUCAAUUAAUUAAUGCCGGCAUGUUCGUAUUGUAACGGAUUGUAAACAAGACAACCACAAUAAAACAUCUUUUGAUAUUUGA